GCUGAAUGUAUCAAUGGCAUCAAAGAGUUAAAGUUAAAACCAUGACUAAUUCCUGAUAAAUUAAAUCUAAUGAAUAAUGUCUGCUUAAUGUAUCACACAGCAGCAGAAAAAUUUAGCAUAUCAGUGCUAGGGAUACCCUGGCAAGGAGUAGAGUAGGUAAAAAAAGUGCAUUUAUUUCUACUAGAUUCAGUUAUCAACUAACAAAAUAUUAUAGUGAUGACUCUACAGUAUCGAAAAGCAGCCUUAGAGACAGCGGGAGCAGUAGGAAUGAAAUAAUUAGAAACAAAGCAGAAGAAUUUACAGAGGAAUAAUCUGACUUUUCAUUGUUAAUCGGGCAAAGCAGGAGAGAUCGACCUGUGAAGUGAAAAAUACAUCUUGAAAAAGAUGGGACGUGUUCUCUGGGUCCAGCCCAAGUCAUAUUCCUGAUAUCUCCCUGCAUACACAGCUGAUACGCCACCUACUGCAAACCCGGGCUGACAGUCGGAGCAAUGCUAGCAGCAUUUCCAUUCCAACAUCGUGCCGGAGCUGAAUAAAGGUGCUUUAAAACAGGAGAAAAGAGAAACCUCUUUGCCAGCUGACAAGAACCAAGCAAGAGAGCUGGCUUUUUGUCCUCGCUUCGAUAAUGGAGAGAAAAAUAAGCAGAAGAGAAAAGGAAUGUGAAGAAAAACACAGCAACUCCGAGGGCUCUGAGCAAGACAAGGACUAUAAAACGUCUCUGAUUACUCUGAAUGUUGGUGGCUAUCUAUAUAUCACACAAAAACAGACAUUAACCAAGUACCCAGAUUCUUUUCUGGAAGGGAUCAUAAACGGAAAAAUAAUGUGCCCGUUCGAUGCAGACGGUCACUACUUCAUAGACAGAGAUGGACUCCUUUUCAGACACAUUCUCAACUUCCUACGAAAUGGAGAACUUCUGCUACCAGAAGGAUUUCGAGAAAAUCAACUUUUGGCACAAGAAGCAGAAUUUUUCCAGCUUAAAGUACUCUCGGAUGCAGUGAAAUCAAGGUGGGAGAAGGAACAGCUAGCAUCUCGAGAGACCACCUUCCUGGAAAUAACUGACAGCCACGACCGUUCACAAGGACUUAGAAUCUUUUGUAAUGCUCCUGAUUUCAUUGCAAAAAUAAAAUCCAGAAUUGUACUGGUGUCCAAAAGCCGGCUGGAUGGAUUUCCAGAGGAGUUUUCAGUUUCUUCAAAUAUUAUCCAAUUCAAGUACUUCAUAAAGUCUGAAAAUGGUACACGACUGGUACUGAAGGAGGACAACACCUUUGUCUGCACCCUGGAAACUCUUAAGUUUGAGGCUAUAAUGAUGGCUUUAAAAUGUGGAUUUAGACUGCUGACCAGUCUGGAUUGUUCAAAAGGGUCGAUUGUUCACAGUGAUGCACUUCAUUUUAUCAAGUAAUCACAAAGGCAAAGGAAAGGAGCAUGCAGCCAGUAAACCUCCUCGACCUGCAGCCUCCCGGCAUCACAAAUAAUGUAUCUAACUAGCCUUGUACCACUGAGCUCGGCUGCUAAUCAAUUGAUGUGAGCUAAUGGUAUGUAAAUCUCAUAAUGACAUCCAUCUCUGGCUUACUUAAGCUGAAUGAAAAUUUGAUGCCUGAAUUUAAUAAAAAUUCUCUGCUAAACGUUGUAAACACAGAUUGAAUGCUUUAUGCUAUUUGUAAAAUGUUUUCUCAAUUCUGUCUUUCAACCAGCAAGUCUAGCUGAAUUUUUGUGUACUUGUAUGACUAACGUGCACACACCUAACUGCUCUGCUGAACAGCAGGGAGAAUAUUUUCAUAUAAUAAGCAGGCUUAAAACAUGUUUUGCUUAUAAUGAAUUCCGAAUGGCUUUUAACUGGAAUAAAUGAUUUUUGAAUGUUCA